CACUCAUCUCAAAGCGAUACACGUGCCGGUGCUUUAAAUUGUUUUGUUUGAAUUUAUGGGUAAUUAAUUCUCUUAUGCCAAAGAAGAGUUCAAGAAAAACUGCGUGAUGAGCUCGCAAAAGCUUGAAUACGAUGCCAGCCUUGGCGGACAUGUGACACUGCCCAGUCAUGUGGCCACCUAUCACUAUGCAUCUGGAGUGCUGCAGGAGAUCAAAUCCAUGAUCGCGGAUGCCCAAUUUCCGGCCAGCAGUAAGCUCAUCUUUCAAACGCUGCCCAAGCAUAUGCGUCGACGCGCCAUGUCCCACCAUCCCAAGCGCCUGCCGCGCAAAUACCGUGCCGCCCAUAGUUCUCAAAUGAGCAAAGCGGGCAAUCAGCCUGUGAAUCGCAAGCGUCCAUCCCGCAAGUAUCGCCGCCGUCCAAAAAAUCUGCUGAAUGAAUACAUUCGACGGCAGCGCAAGAUCAACUGGCUCGAGACGCAUAUUUGGCAUGCCAAGCGCUUCCACAUGAUCGAUCGCUGGGGCUAUCGGCUUCCCUAUGCCAGCUGUGACAAGACGUACCGGGCCUGCUAUCGCGCUAGUGCCGAGCACUGCCUCCUGCAGGACAUUUCCUUUUAUAGCUGCGUGCAAAUGCUGGGCACUGUUGACCAGCUACGCCACGGUUUCGGUCGACUCACGAGUCCAGAUUGUGGACUGGGCAUUGCAGCGCGCACAUAUUUGAGUGGACGUCGCGAGGGCACCAUUCAGCUCUUCGCCGAUGGCCAGUAUCCGGCGGGUGCUCUGCAGAGCGCCAGCUUCAUGUGGCGCCCCGCCGAGCAGCCGGAGACGCAGGCACAGCGGACUCUGUGGCUUUGGCUGCAUCCAGCUGCCGUUGAGGCGACUCUUGCGCAGCUAAUUCAAGUGUUUCAGCUAAAGUCCACAAAACAGGAGAAGCUUCCAUUACCCGCUGAAUCAGACGACCAAGCUCCGCGCUUCGUCACACACACCAAGGCGUUCGAACGUAACAGGAGCUAUAUCAAUAAAGACACUGGCAUGGAGAUGCUGGUCUUGGACCAGGAAUUCAAUCGAUUUCGUCUAACCGGUCCUCGUUCUCAGUGCGUGCUGGCUGCCAGUCUGCGCGCCAGCCGGCAAAACAGCUCCGAAUCAUCCACAUCGAAGAAGCUGCUCGAUGCGCCCAGCGAUCUGCUAGAUCAGGCCGAUUACUGCGAGGCUGCCCUGCAGCUGCACUCGCCCAGCGAAGUCCUAUCCAAUGUGAUACUUGGCGUCAAUGUGGUCGAUCCGCGUCUGCAGCGGCCCAGCAAGCGCACCAAAGCGACCAAACUGUCGUCAUCCGUAGGCAAGUCGGUCGAGUUGCUGAUGAUGCCGCCAGCUAGCCCGCCCUUCAGCGAUUUAUGGGAUCCGGAGCUGCGAGUGCGGCUCAGCGAGCAAAUGAUGUCGACCCAUCAAUACAAUCAACUGCGGCAAAGGCACGCCAUUGUGCCCGGCGAGCCGUGUGCGUUUGAGGAGCAGAUGCAGCCGCUGCCACUGCUGCUCAUUCAACGUCCAGGAUCGCAGCAGCCGAACUACAAACGCUUGGGUUACGCUGCUGGCUGGGAUGUGAUUGCACCCGCUCGCUACGGCAUGGUACUCUGGCAGACGCUUAUCAUGUGGAGCGCCCGUCCUGGCGGGCUGCGUGAAUUCGACUCCGUGGCUAGAGAGCUGGGCGUCGACCAGCACCUGCCGGAUACUGUCGCUGGUUUGGAGCAGGCAGCGAGAACAGCCUUGGAGCGGCGCACCCGCUACUUUCGUCUGCCGCCCAACAAGCGCUGCAACUACCGCAAGCUGGCGGUGGUCAGUCCCUUUAAGGCACCAUGGCAAUCGCUGGUGCGUGACUGGAAUCUCUCGCCUGCCACGCCUGCGAAGAGCUUCUAUGUGAUGCGCAAUCGCGCCCUGCUGCAGCGCCUGGAUGGAUGCGUGCGCCAUCGAGAACCCUUCCCGGAUUGCCCCACUGACAACUGUCUCGUCCAGGUGGCAUUGCGCUUGCAUACACGCGGCAGCCUGGAGAGCAAUGCAUUGAUUUGCCUGCCCUCAAGCCUCGACUGGAAACGCCACUGGCGGCAGUUGAAGCAGGACAAUCAGGAGCCGGUGCAUACGGAGCCCCUGCUCUCGGAUGUUAACGAGCGUCUGCGCAAGCAAUUGCGCCUGGACCACAAACGUCUGCUCAAGCGUUUGCGGGCGCGUCGUGUACGCGAAAAGCGGCGCCUGCAGGAGACGAGCACGCGGCGCGUGCACAUACGGCCCGCCAAGACGGCAUCACUGGUCAGCAAUCAGUCGGCCAAGAUGUGCAGCCUCUGGCUGCCCACGGAUCCGGCCGAGACGCACGACAGCGUGCGGCGUCAGUGCAGCCGCGAGGUCUUUGGCUAUGUGAGCAGCGCCGGCUUCAGCUUCGUGGAGGCGGCCGUUUGUGGCGUCGGCUACGUGACGGUCCAUGGAUUGCGCCAGCUGCUCCAGGAGCGCAAAGCCGACCCAAUCCGUGCCAAGGGACAGCCGCUGCUCUGUCUGGUGCGCAAUGCGGACAGCCGUGAUUACCGUUUCGCACGCCUGCAAAUCAAUCUCGAUUUGUGUGCAGCUGUUUAGCCUUAGAAAUACUAUUAUGUUAAGCAUUGAUUAGUUCAAUAUGUGUGUGUUAAACUCUGUCUAGUUAGGCAACCCAAUUAAAUCCCAUUGA